UUAAGACGACAAGCAAGGCUCAGGCGAGAGUAUCURUAUAGGAAAUCUGUGGAAGAUCAAGAAAGAUCGAUUUACGAGAAGAAAAAGAGACUCAAGCUUUCACUUACAGAGGGAAAACCAAUCCCGACUGAGCUAAGGAAGGAUGAAGCAGAGUUGAGGAAAGCUAUCGAAUUUGAUGAUGAAAAGCAUGAAAGAGUAGGUUCCCAUAUUGACGAUGAGUAUGCAUGGGCUGGAGUUGAAGACCCCAAAAUUAUGAUAACAACAUCACAUAGUCCAAGCUCGCGUCUGAAACAGUUUGCAAAGGAAAUAAAAUUGAUAUUUCCAAAUAGCCAACGGUUAAACAGAGGGAAUUAUGUUAUGAGUCAAUUAGUUCAAGCUUGCAAAGCAAAUGGUGUUACAGAUCUUGUUGUUGUACAUGAACACAGAGGAGAACCAGAUGGUCUUGUUGUUUGUCACCUUCCAUUUGGUCCGACCGCAUACUUUACCUUGUCUAAUACAGUAAUGCGCCAUGAUAUUCCCAAGACUGGAACAAUGUCAGAGGCUUUUCCUCACCUUAUUUUUCAUAAUUUUAAAAGUAAACUUGGUGAAAGGGUUCAAAAUAUUCUUAAGUUCUUAUUUCCUGUACCAAAAGAGGACAGCAGGAGAGUAAUGACUUUUGCCAAUCAAGAUGACUACAUCUCAUUUAGACAUCAUACCUACAAGAAAGUUGAUGGGCAUAUUGAACUACAUGAAGUUGGACCUCGUUUUGAAAUGAAAUUAUAUGAAAUAAAGCUUGGRACUGUGGACCAAACAGAAGCAGACACAGAAUGGAGACUAAAACCAUACAUGAACACAGCGAAGAAGAGAAAAGCACUCAGUAAUCAAGCAUAACAAGUGUARAAUAUUUAAUAGGAUUAGAAGUGCAUUUACUAUUUCCAGUAAUAAAAUCUAUUAUUUCAUU